AUGAUAGUCACAAGAAAUAGUAAGUCUAGUAAUGGCUCUAAAGUUUUUAGCCGAAGAGUUAAAGCCAAUGCCAGAGAACGGAAUCGUAUGCAUGGCUUGAAUGCCGCUUUAGAUCGGCUCCGGAAGUAUAUACCCAUUGAUAGCAUCACUAUUGGAUCAAAUCCAGGCAAAAUACAAAAACUAUCAAAAAUAGAAACUUUACGUUUGGCUCGUAAUUACAUAAUUGUUUUGACAGAAGUCUUGCGAUUCAAUGAAUUACUUAAUUGUCUGACUUUCGGUCGAUUAUUGUCUUACGGAUUAUCGCAGCAAACGGUUAAUGCAAUCGCAUAUCGACUUAAUGUUCAACCGAAACAUCUUUUAAACUGUGAUUCAAAUACUGUUUCUAUAAUAUAA